AUACUGGCCAUAUAUUAAAAUUAACAGAAGACACGGUAACAGGCUGGCCAGGAUUGGAUUCCUGGAAUCCAAUGUUAUACAAGACUGGGAAUCCAAUGUUAUACAAAGUUCCAAAAAUGAAGAUGGAGAAGCUUGCCUGAGGCCAUGUUAAGCACAGGAAAAGAAAAUUUUCGACUGAAAAGCUACAAAAAUAACUCUCUCAAUCCUGAUGAGAUGAGAAGACGAAGGGAGGAAGAAGGGCUGCAGCUAAGGAAACAGAAACGUGAAGAACAGUUGUUCAAACGUAGAAAUGUCACACAUACAGAACAAGAUGAUGAAGAGGAAGAGGUAAUGAGUGACAGUGGAUUCCAUGAAUCACAAAUAAAUAUGGAUAUGGCUUUGACUGGAGUGAUCACCUCUGAUAUGGUGCAGAUGAUUUUCUCUAAUAAUUCUGAACAGCAGCUGGCUGCUACUCAGAAAUUUCGAAAGCUCCUUUCCAAAGAGCCGAAUCCUCCUAUUGAUGAAGUCAUCAACACACAUGGAGUGGUUGAAAGAUUUGUAGAAUUCCUUAAAAGGAAAGAAAAUUGCACAUUGCAGUUUGAAGCGGCAUGGGUGCUUACAAACAUUGCAUCAGGAAGCUCAUUACAGACCCGUGAGGUUAUUAAGGCUGGUGCUGUGCCAGUCUUUAUUGAAUUGUUAACAUCAGAUUUUGAAGAUGUGCAGGAGCAGGCUAUCUGGGCACUAGGGAAUAUUGCAGGGGAUAGCACCAUGUGUAGAGAUUAUGUGUUAGAUUGUAACAUACUUCCUCCUCUCAUUCAGUUGCUAUCAAAACCCAAUCGAUUGACAAUGACAAGGAAUGCUGUCUGGGCACUAUCAAACUUGUGCAGGGGGAAGAACCCUCCUCCAGAUUUUUCAAAGGUGUCCCCAUGUCUCAGUGUUGUAUCCUGGCUGCUGUUCCUCAAUGAUAUAGAUGUAUUGGCUGAUGCCUGCUGGGCUUUGUCAUACCUAUCUGAUGGGCCCAAUGAUAAAAUUCAAGCAGUAAUAGACUCGGGGGUUUGCAGAAGAUUAGUUGAACUAUUAAUGCAUUGUGACUAUAAGGUGAUCUCACCAGCUUUGCGUGCCGUAGGAAAUAUUGUUACAGGUGAUGAUAUACAGACUCAGGUAAUUUUAAAUUGUUCAGCUUUGCAGAGUUUAUUGCACUUACUGAGCAGUCCAAAAGAAUCAAUCAAAAAGGAAGCAUGCUGGACUAUCUCAAAUAUUACAGCUGGCAACAGAGCACAGAUACAGGCGGUAAUAGAUGCCAACAUCUUUCCAGUCCUAAUAAACAUCCUACAGACAGCAGAGUUUCGUACAAGGAAAGAAGCUGCAUGGGCUAUAACCAAUGCAACAUCUGGUGGAACUCCUGAACAGAUCAAAUAUAUAGUGGAGUUGGGGUGCAUUAAACCAUUAUGUGACCUGCUAACUGUUAUGGAUGCAAAAAUCGUUCAAGUGUCUUUGAAUGGUUUGGAAAAUAUCCUUCGACUUGGAGAACAGGAAGCCAAACAGAAUGGAACAGGAAUAAAUCCUUAUUGUGCGCUAAUAGAGGAAGCCUAUGGUUUGGACAAGAUAGAAUUUCUGCAAAGCCAUGAAAACCAGGAUGUUUAUCAAAAAGCUUUCGAUCUAAUAGAGCAUUAUUUUGGUACAGAAGAGGAGGAAGAUACCACCAUUGUCCCACAAGUUGAUCUUAAUCAACAGCAAUACAUCUUUCAACCACAUGAAGCUCAAAUGGAGGGCUUUCAACUGUAAGCACGUUCACAGAGAGGACUGCUAACCCCACGCACGCACACUUCUCCCAGGGCUGCUGGGACUGAUGAGCUUAUUGGGAGGGAGGGGGGUUUGUGGUGGGAUGAGAAAGGACCACAUCUAAACAUAAUAAAUACACACCUACAGUAUGCUGGUAAGCUGUGCUGGUAAGAACACACUCAGAUAAGUUCUUAUUAGCAAAAGGUUGUAUUUUGGUGAAUAGGGAAGCAUGUACUCGCAUACAGUACACUUUCUACAAAGCAGUUGUGAACCAUACAAAAUGUUAAAUAUGAAGAUUAUAUUCUUGCGUGUAUAAUAAUGAUAUGUAUAUAAACAUUCAAAUAGGGGUUAGGGAAAUCUGAGCAAAUUUGCACCACCGGACUCUUCCAUCUUAAAUGCAUCCUUUGCUGUGACUCCUUUCUAUUGUGAUGUUUAAUUCUGCUGAUUUUUUUAAAAAUUCAAACUAGUGGAACAUUAAUGGAAGUAAACUGAUGGACUGCCUACCCAGAAUUGCCAUCAAAUAAUAUCUUCAUUUCCACAUAAUCUAGUUAAUGAUACAGUUAUACACUGUUGUGAUCUAUCCUUGUUGUGGGUCUGUUGAGACAUAAUUGACCUUGAUAUUAUGGACACAAUUUUCUGCUGCUCUCUUUUACAUUACAGCAAAUGAGACCAGAGAGUAGGGUCUCUGAACCACUAGUUAAUUUUGUGGUAAUCCUUAACAUAAAGUACAAGAGGUUUCAGGCUUCGUAUUUUAAAAUUGAGUAUUUUGCUGGGGUUAUAAAGUUGAGAAAGCUGUAAUUGAUAUAGAAUUAUACUGUAUCCAUAAGAAAAAUCAGCAAGUCAAUAAUAGGAAAUGUUCUAGCAGUUGAACUUUAUAUAGUUGGUAUUACAAUAAGUGCAUUGGGGAGUCAUGGAGUAGAGGUUUAUUAUAGAACCUAUUCUAUUGUCUUUGUACUUUUAAGAUAUUUUAGAGAAAUGUGUUUAUAGUGUGCUGCAUACAUUGGGACCAAAAUUAUUUGCUUGUUCAGUGUACUUAGAAUUCAUUCACCACUUAGGAGCAAUGUUCUGGACAAUAACUGCAAUUCUUUCAGAACAAGAUUAUUACCUAGGUUUCGUUAACCAGUCCUUUUUCCUUAAAGAAGCGUUCAUCAGCUUUUUAUAUUCUGGUAUUAGCUUGCAGCAGAGUUCAUCUAAUAUGGCAAGUUCAAACUUGAAAUGUGAAGGGAAGAAACAGCUUGCAUGCAACAAAGAUCUGUAAAGCUAUGAGAAUCAGAAUUUGUUGUCACCAAAAUUACUUGAAGGAGUCAGAGUGAUCUGUAUAUUUUGUUUGAAGGCGAUGUCUUUAGUUGGUGCAACAAAGUGAUAUCCCAUUUAACUUACUCUGUCAUUCAUUUUUCUUCUUGCUGCAGCACUAAUCACUUAGCUAGUAUAAAAUGUCAAAAGAUGUACACUGCAGGUUUAGGUUUAAGAACAAAGUUUGAAGAUAGGCAUCAUGUUAUUGCUUGCACAUGUAAAUAAUUGUCAAGGAAUGGUAUUUGCAGCACAGAUAACUCACAAUCUUUGUAUUUGGUUUGCUUUUUUUUUUCAGUUGAGGAAAUGUAGUUGGUUAGUACAAUUUUCUGCCCAUCGGUACUUGUUACUAUUUCUUCCAAGGAUAUAAAUUUGCACUGGUCCAAGAUACAACUGGAGUAAAGGUUGAAAACCUAACUUAAAUAAGACAUUUACCUUUUGAAGAUUUCUGCAAUCAGUGAUUGAAACCAAUUAUUUACAUCUCCUGAGAGAUGGUGCUGUGCUACAUAAAUGGUGUGACAAAACACGUGGUCUUGGAUGAAUUAACUACUCUUAAGGCAUUGGGUAUUUUCUGUGCCCCUUUUUUGUUUGGGCCAAGAGUUGAUAGUAGAUCACUACAUUUAUCCAAGAUUUAAUCUGAAAUCAACAUUUGAACAAAAUAAAUAGAUUGAAUGAUCAGAUCUUCAUUCUGUUUUACUCCAUUUUAAGCAUUAGUUGACUAAUCUGGUUGAUCUUUCCUCUUAUGAAACGGCAGCUGUAGUUUAUUUCUUCCCAUUAACAGCACAAUUUCAGUAUUAAUGAUUUCACUGGGCUGUAGUUAUUUUUAAAAAAUAUUUGGUGACAAUUUACAAUGUAACCAAUAUUUUGCUGUUAUUACAAUGAAUUCAAUUUGUGAUAUUGUUGGAUUGGGAUGUGCAUUACAGCCUUGAACAAAGAUGUCACAUCUAAUUCAGAUCCAUACAAAAUUCCCAGUUGUAAUUUCUAUUUAUUAUAUUUGGACAUGCUUUUUGCAGUGUUGUCCAGUUUAAAAGCAUCUUUAACAGAAGUGUUAGCGUGAGGAAUGUACGGGAAAAUUUUCAACAGAUUGAACUGUCAUUAGAAAGGUUUAUUAUGAGUAAAUGGAAUUUCUGCACUAGUUUAAAGAACAACUUUACACUCUAAAUUUGUAUCCUAAAAAUAUAUUUAUCUUAAAGUAUUUCUUUUGUAAAUGUUGUUUUGAAAAUCUAUCGCCUCCUUUUUAAUUCAUGUUGCACUCUAUCGGAUCAGUCUUAUUCUAUUUCUGUGAUUGACAGGAAAUUGAAGACAAUUUGAGGGAGAAACUUUUUUUUGUCCAUGUAAUUAUUUUUUUUUAUUUUUAUGAUGUGAAAUAUUUGACAAAAAAGCUUUAUGCCAAGAAGUUCAAUGGUAUACCCAAGUAAAUAAUUUUAUUCUGACAAGCUGUGUGUCCCUUAUUAAGAUUACAAUAAUGCAUGUUUUACCUUUAAGAACUGAUCUAUAGAUAUAUCAUAAAUGGAAUUUCACAUUGUUCUUUACACAAGUUUCUUCAUUUAUCCAUGGUCUAGAAAAUAUGUUUGACAUUAAGGUAAAGAUUCAGUUGUUUACAUUUUGUGCAUUGUUUUAAUAAGGGAUUGAUUGGUUAUCAUGUUUAAAAAGAAGUUAAUAAUCCGAAGCAAGAAUUCAGCAGUACCUAUAGGACAUGAUUUUCUUGUUACGAAUUCUCACGUUAUGUUUUCAGGAAUAUGAAUUUAAUAUUCCUUGGGCAUUUGAGCUGUCUACCUGUUUAAUCUGAUAGAUUGUUAAAAUGUGAGCUUCAAUCAAAAUGAGUUUAGCCUUUUUGCUUUUCAAUGUCUGAUUACACAAAAAUAGCACAGGUCUACCAUGUGGUGCACAAUGGAAAAAUUAAUAAAUAUUAUUUCUAGGUGGA